AACAAGAAACGAUUGACCAGUUUAAACCGAAAUCGACACUUUAAUUCAGAAAUUAUGUUCGGGCAACAACAAACAUGGCCUUGAAGUCAGCAGCGACAGCCACUGUUCGAGCAGUAAAACCUGGAAGUUUUAAAUCCCGAAAAGCAGCUAUAACACUGACAAGUUCAGCAGUACAAAGAGUUAAAGAAUUAUUAAAGGAAAAACCAUCUUCUGUAGGACUACGUAUAGGUGUCAGGGAAAGAGGGUGCAACGGCUUGUCUUAUACGUUAGAAUAUGCUACGGAGAAAAAUAAGUUCGAUGAAGUUGUGAAACAGGAUGAUGUGCAAAUAAUGAUAGAUUCAAAAGCUCUUAUGUCUCUUAUUGGAACAGAGAUGGACUAUUCUCAAAAUUUAUUGGCAAGCGAGUUUGUUUUUAACAACCCAAAUAUAAAAGGGACGUGUGGAUGCGGAGAAAGCUUUCAUAUAUAAUGCACUAUGUUGUAUAAAAUCCAGAAAAUAAUUUAUUCUCCUUGUUUGCUAUAAAAUAGUCUUUUUGAAGAAAUCUAUAUUUUGUAAUAUUUAAAAAUAAACGUGUUUAUUUAAAAUUUACUUUUAAGAUUAAAGAAGAUGAAGACAA